AUGUCGGAGAACGUACCCUGGUCAGAAACUGGACUGUGGAUAAACGCUCGUGUUCUUGCGCUUGCUGGUAUGUGGAGACCGCCAUGGAUCCAACCAAAGUGGUACCUACUGUACAGAGCAUGGGUGCUCUUCACGCUCUUCAGCUUCCUCGUUGCUCAGAUUCAGGCCCUCUGGCACUUCUGGGGAAACAUUGACAAAAUCACCCAUGACACAUGUCUUAUGAUUAGCAUAAUUCUAAGUCUAAUAAAAUUCUUUAGCUUCGUUUUGAGACAAGAAGAAUUUUUUCGCAUGGUACAGAGAAUAGACGGUAUCAGCGCGGAACAAAAGAAGACUGGCGAUUCAGAAACAAUCUCUAUCCUCGACGCAUCGUACAGAUCUGCGAGAGCUGUCACGCUGUACAUGACUUUUCUGGGAGGGUCUAUGCCCGGUGUCUGGGCUACAAUUCCAAGUAUCAUGCGGAAGCUCGGCGUAUUUCCACCGGAGAGGGAACUUCCUGCCACGGCCUGGUACUCCAGCAGGGACACGCAGACACCUUACUACGAAAUACUCAGCACACUGCAGUACUUCAGUAUGCAGUACAGUUUCUUCACUGCAGUGGGUCCAGACUUGCUUUUUGUAUCCAUGAUAAUUCACGCAGCUGGUCAACUGGAGGUUCUCAACUCUAGACUGAGACGUGUUGGGAAAAUGAAUGGAAAACGCUGCACUAGCAGUAGCAAACAGCAGAAAACUGAGGAGGAACUUUCGCUCGAAGUUUCCAGUGGCGAGGUGAUGUGGAAAGAUCUCUGCAGCUGCAUCGAGCACCAUCGGGACGUAAUAGAGCUAAUUAAAGGAGUUGAAAGACUUGUGAGCAAAACAGUCCUCCUUCAGUUCAUGGGAGCUACUGUCAUUAUUUGCGUCACACUCUACCAAAGUUCUACGAAUACCGAGAACAUUGCAGCGCUCUUGAUGCUGCAAGGAUACUUAGGACUCAUCAUGUACGAAGUAUUCAUGUAUUGCUGGUACGCUGAAGAUAUAUUAUAUCAGAACUCCCGGCUUGCUGACUCCGCCUACUCAUGCGGCUGGCCUGGCGCACCUCUAAAGCUGCAGCGAGCGUUGGUGAUCGUCAUCUGCAGGACGCAGAAACCACUCGGAUUGACGGCCGGAAAAUUCUACUACGUAUCGCGAGAGACAUUUGUCCGGUUGAUGAGUGCUUCGUACUCUUACUACGCUCUCCUCCGCCAGGUUAAUGACAAAUGAAUGGAAAAUACG